CGCGUUGCACUUACUUGCACGCACCGCCCCAGUCGCCCUCCAACGCCCCGUCCCCGUCCGUUCUCCCACCACACUACGACGGCGACGGCAGCGGCAGCAACAACAUCGGCGGCAGCAGCAGCAGCAGCAGCAUCGGCGGCAGCAGCAGGAGCCACAGCAGCACCAAACAACCGCAGAUCCGCCCACCCUCCACCCCGUCCUCGCCGCGGUCGCCGCGCAUGCAGUAGGCCGGCGUCGCACUCCCGCCCAGACCUUCGCCAGGCAUGAACACGAGCGGGCCCUCUACGGCUGCUGCUGGUGCAGGCGGUCCUCGAACGGCGUCGCAAGCGGUGCUGACCGAGUCGAUCAAGGACAAGAAGGACUUGGCCAGCUGGUGGAAGAACUUCAAGCGGAGCGACAAGAAACCACAGGAGCAAGCAUCUCCACAGGGCAUCUUUGGGGUGCCCCUGCAGCAGAGCAUUCGAUAUGCCAAUGUCGCUAUUAGCUUAUUCAACGAUGAAGGACAGAGCUACAUUUAUGGCUAUGUGCCUAUUGUGGUAGCGAAAUGUGGCGUGUUCCUCAAGGAGAAAGCGACCGACGUGGAGGGCAUAUUCCGUCUGGCAGGCAGCGAGAAACGCAUCAAAGAGCUCAAAGUAUCCUUCGACAGCCCAGAUCGAUACGGCAAAGGCCUGGACUGGACUGGCUUUACCGUGCAUGAUGCAGCCAAUAUUCUGAGGCGCUAUUUCAACCAGCUACCAGAGCCGAUCAUUCCGCUCGAAUUCUAUCACCGAUUUCGUGAUCCUUUGCGAAACCAUCAAGCGCAAGCUGUGGGCGCUAUCGAGUCGCAGAGUCCGAGUCAAGGUGACUUUGAUCACGAGGCCGCUAUCCGGGCAUAUCAGGCUCUCAUCACGGAACUCCCGCCACUGAACCGCCAGCUAUUGCUAUACAUACUUGACCUGCUCGCCGUAUUCGCCAGCAAGUCUGAUUUGAAUAAAAUGACCACCCCCAAUUUGGCGGCCAUUUUUCAGCCUGGCAUUUUGAGCCACCCACAGCAUGAUAUGGCUCCACUGGAAUAUCGAUUGAGCCAGGAUGUGCUGAUAUUCUUGAUUGAGAAUCAAGAUAGCUUUCUCAUUGGCAUGCAAGGAACGGCUGCAGAUCCAGAUACCGUGCGAGAUGUGCAGAGUGGAGUCCAGUCGAAACCACCAACGACUCCCACGACCCCAGGCCGAUCCAAAACUAUCAUCGGCCGAUCGAGCUCUAGCUCCAGUGUGGCAGCUGAGAGCGUGCGGAAAUGGGGGAGCAUUCGUCGUAACGUCUCUGUGUCUAGCAAGCAUAGCAAGGGGUCUGAGAGUGGUCCAGCUGUAAGCUCUCCCGCGCCUGGCACUCCCACUGGAAGUGUCAAUCGGAGCAACACCGUGCCCUCACGACGAGGAGGCGGUCCUGCAUCAUCCCCCCGAUUUCCGCGCGAAAAGACUUCUUCCGAUCCGUCUACCCCCAGAGGCUCGGCCAGCACCGCGGCAGCACCCCAAACAUAUUCUCACGCGGAACAGGAAUCGGCUUCUGCGCGCCAUAGCUCAGUACCAAGCACUUCCAUUGCUACUGCAGCGCCACGGUCUGUGUUUCCAGCUCCACCAGAUGUGACUUCAGCCUCAUCUAGCGAGACCACAACACCUCUUGCGAUUGGCGGGGAUAGCUCCAAUGACUUCUCGUCGGCUCGAAGAGAUACCGUUCCCCUACUCGCGCCAGUCAGCAACAAUGACAGGUCUACAGAAAGGCCCGUCUCCCACACGCCAACGACAGCACAUGCCUCGGGUCGCAAGUUUCUGGAUAUACUGAAGCAGUCCCCUGGAAGCGAAGGAGAGAGCCGCAAGCCCAACAAGCUCCAAAAGAAACGUAACCCAGGAUCUGCGCUCUCGAGUGCGCACUCCUCUAGCCACUCGCUACAUGACGACCCCCGGGACGAGGUACCGACGUCGCCAAGGCUACCGUAUGCUGUACACCCCAUGGUGGACCCCGGCCUCGUCGCCCCCACAGACGCGUCAACUGAGUCUUCUGUGUAUACUGGGUAUACAGGGGCGCAACAUACACCACUCCACGCGACCCCGCAACGAAAUCAUACGGACUCAACCUUGAGACCAACGCUCUCACCCUCCAACUCUUUCCACUCGCACACUGACCAGUCGGAUGCCGACCUGGUGGGCGAUGAUAUGCCAUCGGCCGAUGAGCCAGAGAAGAGGAAACGAAAUCGCUGGCGUUUUUCGCGAAGCACGAACAGGCUGGAGCAGCCUUCCACACCUGUCAACAGCAACCCUCUGGGUACGAUGUCUCCCAGAGAGCAGGCCACGUCUCGAUCUACAAUUGGUAGCGGCGGCUCGCAGCCACGGAAGAGUCUGCAAGAACCCCACACUAUGGCGGCAAUGGCUACAGAUUUCGCAUCGGACGAUCGUCCGUCAACGCUGACACCACAGGUCCUGCCAGCCGCCACAUCUGAUGCCGUAUUCUCCGAUUCGGAACGCGAGAGAAAAGGCCCAAUGUCGUGGCUGCGUAACAAAAUCCAGGAGCGCAAGGACAAAGAUGUGGAAAAGCGAUCAAGGACACCAGAGCGAAGCCAUGAACGCAAUAAGAGCAGGCAAGACCUUCAGAUGGUCAAUGAUGAGAAUUUACCAAUACGGGGCAAGUCGUUCGAAGCCAUCAGACCAUCGAUGGAUCGUGGACAACUGCAUCAGACAGCUGAACCUGCGCACAUGACGAGUACGCACGGCAGCGAAAUGCGCGACGACAAGGCGCUGGAGCAUGAAGCCGGCCGAAUUUCUUAAAGUGAGGCGGGAGAGAAGUGCGGCAGAUGUAGACGCUCAAGCUUUUGAUAGGUGGUGGUUCUCCCCAACAGCGACGGGAACCGCAUGGUAGGGCACGAAUUUGGGUCAUGCAAAAGGGAGGGUGCAAUGAAGGACAGCGCCCAUGAGCAACGGCGAAUGUUUUCGCUGACCAGAAUUUUUACAAUGAAGAGAUUGAAGUGCAGUGGCUCCUCGGAGGCACUAAAUGU